UUUUCACGAGGUUUGGUUUUGAUAGAAUUAAAGAACUCAUCAGUAUUUUUGAUUAAAACAUUAAACAGAUGUAAAUGAGGGCGGCAAAUGAAUCAGCUGGAACAAAGUAAAAAGAAUAACUAAUUUAUAAGACACUUGUUUGAUUCAAAACUUUUACAUACCGUCUGCAGUGGAUAAAGGAAAGUUUGUUUCCCUCUUUGUGUACUUCGUUAGAAGUUUUGCGUUAAUUUCGAGGUUGAUAUUUAUUUACUUUGUUAGUAAUUUUAAAAGGAGAGAGAAGAUUAAUCGCGACUGGAUUUGAAUAUCAUGCACACAUUGUAUAUUGUCGAAACCUUCGGCUGGUUACCUUGGAAAUGUCAUAUAAAGGUUAAUGCAAUUUUGACUGGCUUUUGUUUAAAACAGGGAUAUUAAACCUCCAAAGCGGCGCUCUUGAAUAAGUAAGUAAAGCUGGUUCCGAUUUUAUUUUAUUUCACUUUUUUGUGUUUUAUCAGUUGAACCUAUCGACUCUUUGUUCCGCGAAAUUCUAACUGUUGACUCUGAAUAAGUAAACAAAUUCGAGACAAAUGAUUUUUUUUCCUCGAUUUUUUUUCGUGAGGAGAAACGUUCGCUGAUAAAUCGUUUACGGGGGCGUUUUAGACGGUCGGGGGAGUUUAUCUCUUAAUCAUUCUAUUUUUCUGUUUAAGUCGCUCUCUUUUGAGCGAAUAAUAGAGGUAAUUCCCCGGGGGAUGUUUUAUUUAUCGCCGAUACAAUGUAUGAUAUUAGAUUUUUCCCGCCACGUGGACAAUCCUCAAGGAAAGCCAUUGUUCGACUUUCAACCAGUCAGGAGGCCCACUAUCCCAAUUUGGAUAACACUAGCCAAUCACAACACGGUAAAGAUUAUUUUGAAGGGUGAAAAUUGUGUGCGUCGGGCAAGGAAAACGCGAUCGCGAAACAACAGCUGAUCAGGGCAAACAAAAGAUAUUAACAUGUUUCUAAGCGUAUUCAAAUCAACUGCCAGAGUGGCAUGAAAAAGGAAACUAGCUGAUCGCCAAAUCUUUUCCCAGUUCAUUUCAAGAAACGGGACGAAUAUUGUUCCUGCUCAGGUAUGGCUUUAAAGGGGCUUUAAAGAAAAUCCUGAUCGAAGCGUGGCUUUUACUUUACAUUUGGCACGUGAAUAGACGGCGAAUGUAGAUCACAGAGAUGAAUAACAUUUAGCUUCAUACAGCUGGGAGAUUCACGGACACUCAAAAAAGUUAGUUUUAUUUCGGCUCUGGAAGAAAAGGGUGUAAUUAUUUUCAAACCCAACGGCGUACAAGCUUACUCUUCCACUUGGCUUCUUUGUUCAAGAUUUUGACAUUUUCUGCCAUCAAGAAAUACACGGCAAACGCUACCAGGGUAACGCUAAAGAUGGUCGGAACAAGUGGCUGGCUAACAAUCUGCUCUAGAAGAUAAAAAUUUUACGCGAACGCCAGUCGCCGCUUUUUUACAAAUUAUAUACACUCGUGAUUCAGAUAGAUUAUUUUUUAAGGUUUUUUGAUUAUCAUGACUCAGUCGCGAAAGGCUCGAAAGACGCGUUCGCGCUCCACGCGCGGAAAAACAUCCCGCGAUGAAUCUCGCUUCGGCAUUCGUUACUUACAUCAUCACAUGUUCGCGGGAGACACGCCUGGUGAUCAACAACUCUGCCCUUACGAGUGCAAAUGUGGCGCGUCCAUGUCUUCGAUUUACAGCGGAAAGACUCUAGUUUUGCUCACGCUCUCCAUUUUAAUUCUUCUAAUCGGCGUCACGUUCAUGCUAGUCGGCUACUUGAUCCCACGAAGGUCUGUUGUUUACCUGGAGAAGAGCGAUGGCACAAGAACAGUGGUCGACCAAACCGCCAUCACGUUUAAUACUUUGCUGGACGAUUUUACGUUGGUUGGAACAGUUCUUGUACCACUCGGAGCCCUGUCAUUCUGUGUUAUUCUUUUAGUUCCAAUCUGCCGUUCUUCAUCGGCUCAGAAAAAAGGACAGUAUUUUAAAGCACCAACCGAGGAAACGGCGUCAAAUUUAGCGGCGAAGUCGACAAAAACACCCGAUAGCGCUUCAGUCGCUUCCGAAGACAGCCGUUCGCUCAGUAGUGCUUCUUCUUCAACGCUACAAAAAAUUCCAGUUCUCGCGCUCGUUCAUAAUGUUCAGCCGGAGCAAAAAUCUGACACUUUAGGUUCCUCGGGGAAAGGCAAAGAAUACAGAAAGAAAACUGGAAAGUUCAAGGACUCAUUUGACGAGGAAGAAGAAGAGGAAUAACUUUAACUUGACUUCACUAAUUUCCCGCAUGGGGAAAUGUAGGGUCUUAAAAUUAUACAAACGAGUCAAUCUCUUUAUUUUUAUCUUUUUUUUUUCUGUUGUCAUUUUGAGGUUAUUUUAUUUUAUUAUUAUUAUUUUUUUUCAAUUCUGUACAGAAAGCGAAUUGAACGAUCAUAUAUUCUACAUGUAAGAGUGCAGAUUUAGAGUUACCCGGUCAAGAUGAUCAUAUUUUUGUACAAUAAAUAAAGCUAAUAACAUUCGCCAAAAAAAAAAAAUGCUUCAUUAAACAUCCGCCGAAAUGAAACCACGGCUGAGAACGAAAGGGAAGCGGACGAAUUGAAACUGUGUCAAAAUAUUUGCUUGGGAAAAUGAAAACUGUCAUAGGAGUCGGAAAUUUGAAUUGAGCGUAUACUCGCUAGUGGCGAUAAAGACAAUUUUAAUCAUUUAUGUUGGCUGUUUCUUAAGAUUUUGCUGAACCAAUCAUACCUUGGGCAUAAUACUUUGAAUUGAACAGCUGUCGGAAUUUUAAAAAAUACAAUUGCAGAGCAGGAAAUUAUAGUCACACUAAGACACACCGUUUGCACAAAUCAGUUUUUUAGUAACAUCAUUGAGUCGAGGAAAUUUAUCUCGACAGUCGGUGACCUCUUGGCCAUAAUUGUCAAGUUAUGUAAGGGUUAUGUUACCUCAUUAUUGUUAUCGGUUAUGUCUUAUUUGAAUUCACUUCAGAAGUGAAACUUUCUGGUCUGGCUGCACUGAUUUUGCCAAUCUGGCCAAAGGAAUAUUGCACUGCAAAAAUCUUUUAGAGUUUAUAAAUAAAAUAAUACCGUGUUUAUUGGUAUGGCCUGUUACAGGGCAAUAGAGAAAAUUACGUAGUUUACGUUGUGUCAUACUGACGCGCAAAUCACGAGCUUAAAACCACUCACGUAAAAAAGACUCUUAUAAAGUAAAGGAAAAGAAAAUGCUGGGGAGCAAAAGUGGAGAGCCGCUAAGCGAUGCAGUAAAUUAAAACGAAGGGUUUAAAAGAGAUUCCAACUGAAACUUCGUAAUUUUCAUGGUUAAAUUCUGAAAACCCGGACUUUGUGAAAAGUUGUUUGGAGUUACUAAAUCAUCCCAGUGUCGGCAGAGUGUCUUCCUUUGCUUUGUAGCUGAAAUUUAGCUAAACCGGCUUUAGGCCAUCCCCCCCCCCCUU